AUGUCCAACAUGGAGGCUCGCGAGUCUCGCGAAUCCCACAAGAGGCCUCGGUCUCCGGGCGAACAGCAGAUGUCCUCCAAAGUCCCCAAGACACACUCCAACCAUCUCCAGAUCAACUAUCUCGCGCGACAAUAUCCAGAUAACCUCCCACUGGUCUCCGUGGACGAUACCAUGCCCGCGAUCAUCCACCUGCUGGGGGAAUACGAUGGUGUGUUACACCGCCAUGAGAGCAUCGCGGGGAACCUCGGCGCGUGUCCACUGGGACCCAUUCUGAUUAAGCGAUUCGAGCGACUCUUUGAUGGCCCGCCGCAGGUCUUGAAGUCGCAUGGCAAGGAUGGACCCACGGUGACUUGGUUGGACGUGGUGGAAUUCGCAAAGAACAAGCCGGAACAAUUCAAUCUGGAGAAAUCGCGCAAUGGGGUGCGGGUCUGUCAGUUCUAUACCAAGCAAUGUCGUGUGGAAAUCAGUGAAGAGGACUUUGUCUUGAUUGCCUCGGGCAUGCCCCAGAAGAUGAUCCCUCCUCAGCCGAUCAUUGAAGAUGAGGAGAAGGAGCUAGGUGCGCUGGAGAUUUUGGAGAAGAACUUGCAACAUAUCAUUCAGAUGGCGGAUCAAGUCUCUGCCCGAGCCCGGCAGCUUAACCAUCGGUUGAAGAAUCGCCGGAAUGCAAUUGUCACCCGGCGUGAAAACGAUGCUACUCUGCAUGCGCAAUCCCGAUCUGCCACUGAUAUCUGGCGCGAUGCCAAUGGCCAUGGCCCGGUCAACGGUCACGGCCAAGGACAAGGCCAAGGCUCGUCUCACCCUUCUCCGUCGGGGUUUGUCGCAGUCAACGCUCAUCGCCCGGAGGGUGAGCACUCCGAAGAGAACCCACUAUCGUCCCAGUUCAUGUUCUCCCAAACCAAUACCGACAAUGUCACCAUGAUCAACGGGCAAUCCAUCAAAGGCGCCUCGCCAACCACUCGCGCGGACCUGAUGAAGAAAUUCUUCACUACCGCAGACCGCCACGCUCGUGGCUACGACGACGCAACGACCCCCAUUAAUCCUCAACCCUUACCUCUGCCCCGCGCCGAGGGAGCAGACUACUCCCUUUACAACCCGGCCACAGCAACCCCAGUCGCAAUCCCAAGCACCCCCUCCUCUCUCCUCCCACCCCCCAAAUCCACCCAGCCCGAAAAGGAUGACGGCGGCCCUUUCAAGCUCGAAAUGAUCGCCCGCAUGGAAGAGCUGCACCGCGGCGAGCGCGUCAUUCCCCCCUGUGACCGCUGCCGCCGCCUCCACAUGGACUGCUUAAAGAACCUCACCGCCUGCGCAGGCUGCACCAAGAAACACGCCAAGUGUUCCUGGCGCGACGUCAAAGAGGAGGAAAUCUCCGCCAUGCGCGCCGGUCUCUCCACGGGCUACCCUGACCGCACCGCCCUCACACCCCCAACCUUCACCGGACCCCUUCCGCCCAUCUCCGCGGAACGCGAACGCACCCACGAAGAACCCUACUACAGCCGUCGCGAGUCCGCCCCCUCCGUCCCAAAUCCAAACCCAGGGUCCACCCUCUCCACUGUCCCCAUGGAACUCCCCUCCAGCGACAAUUCCCCCCGCCGCGCCGUCAGCGAGACAGAAGGCCGUCCCCGUGGAUCCCGCGAUGACGUCGACCCAGACGCCAAUCAGCGCCUUAUGCAGGCCAUCCUUGACACGGUUGAUCAUCAUACCCGGGUCGCUGCCGCGGUGCAGGAGAAAGAGCGCGGAACGGAGCGGGAUUCAGGUAUCCCUGUUCCGCCUCCUGCUUUAGCGCCCGUUCCGAUUCCCCACGGCCCUGCCCCUUAUGAGCGGGAGCGGGAGCGGGAACGCGAGUGGGAACGGGGUCGUGAGAGAGAGCGCGAGCGUGAGAGUGAGGCUGAGCGGGAUCGUCGUCUCGUGCAGGCUUAG